UCUGAGCACGCGGGUGCCCCUGAGCGCGUGCAGAGUGCCAUUUCCUUUCCGGGCAGAGCAGCCCGUAGGCGGCGUUGGGUGGGAAUUGGGGGGCCCGAGCAGCCGGUUGCGGGGCUAGUCCUUCCUCUGCAGCCCCAGCUGUCCGGACGAUGCUGGGCACAGCGGAGGCCGAGGGUGAGCCGGAUGGCUCUGCCCCGCAGCCUCGGCUGUUCUUCCAGCUGGAGGACGGCAGCCCCCUGAGCUUCUACGUGCGCCCCGGGGCGGCCAAGGUGGAGCUGGCCCCGCUGAUCGUGCGCCACGGCGGGCGCCUGUGCCGCGUGCAGGAGCCGGGCGCGGUGCUGCUGGCCCGGCCGGGAGAGGUGCCGCCGAGAACCUCGGGGGUCUUCAUCUCCGCCAGCUACGUUUCCGACUGCGUGGCCCGCCAGGAGCUCCUGCCGCUGGAGACAUACCGCCUGCAACCACCGCCGGUCACUGCGGACACGGGCGCUGCCGAGGGCCGCCUGCCUUUCACCGAGGUGGAAGACCAGGCCAUCCUGCUGCAUCUGCGGAGGAGCAAGAGAGGCAGCAGCGGCAGGCAGGCAGCCGGCAGUGGCAACGCUGUCUGGAAGGAGAUGGAGGCGGCCCGGGUCACUCGGCACUCCUGGCAGGCCAUGCGCGACCGCUACCUGAAGCACCUGCGGGGCAAGGAAGACCUCUGCCUGCCUGCCCAGAGAGGCAAGCUCAGAAGCUCGUCUGAAUCUGCUGCUGCAGCCUCCCAAAGUGAGGAAGUCGAGGAUGUCCCCCAGCCAGAGGAUCAAAGCCACACUGCGGAAGGAUCAAAGGGAGACAGUGAGAGCCCCAGCUCCACAGAAGACACCUUUUCAGAACACAUGGAGCUCAAGACCUCUGAAGAAGAAGCACCUCCUAAUCCCAAAUUCAGGGUGCUUGAGUUUGUAUCUGGUGGAGAUUCUGCUGAGCCCCCAAGCCAGCCCCCAGUGGCAGAGCAGCAGCCUGCAGCUCCCUCAGCUGUGGAGGUGGCCACGGCAGUAGAGGACAUAAAGUAUUUCAUGAAGAAGUUUGACGUGGACCUGACAACUGUGACACAAGCUUUUUUGAAAAACAGUGGGGAAGUGGCAGCUGUGGAAUGUUGCCUGCAGACGGGGCAGUCCUUGGGUGGCUGCCCUCUUUGGAGCAGGCAGGAUGAUGUGGACUUGCUGAAGGGGGAUGAAGACCUCAGAAGCAAGCUAGUGGCAAAAUAUGGAGCGGAGAAUGUGAACAGGCGCGUGGCAUUCAGGAAAAGUUAGCUUGCAACAGCCAUGGUUUACUGUAGGAGGGAAGCAAACUUCUUCUUUCUCACACACAUUUCUUCAGAGGGAGUUUUAUGAGUGUCAGGCUAGAGGGAAAGUCUCUGGAGGCCAGCAACCUGUGGUUACUGUCUUCUGUGACUGAAAGCACAGCAAGCUGUUGUGAUGGAGACACCGUUCUUUGAGACUUUCCUUCUCCUCACUUCCAUUUGUACACAAAGCCUUUAUUUACUUCACAGGAGAUUUCUGUGGACCUGGUACAAUCAGCCUCUUUAUUCUCCCUUCGCCAGCUUGCCUUAAGUUGGAACUUAGGUGUGGCAGUGGCCGAUUCUGAGGUACUUGGCAACAGACAGCCACACAUUUUUGGCUCGACUUUAGCCAAUCCCCUAAAGUUGGAGCAUUGCUUGGGUCUUCCUGUGGGGUCAUCCCACCCCCCAUCCCUCCCUCCAGAAGUGCUUCUACCCAGUCAAGAAUAUUCAGUAGCACUGAUGCACUUAGUCACUGGAAUGAUUUCUGGAGCCAGAACACACCCACUUAGAUAGAUACGCAUACACCCCACCCCCAUCAUUUAGGCUAACAAGAGUGCUGAGGGGGAGCACCUACAUGUCCUGUAGCAAAUGCAUAGUAUUGCUCAUCAUCUUGGCUAUUCAGACACCAGCCUGGGAUUUCUUGUAGAAGAACAUUUAAUCAUCAUCUAAUUUGUAUGCCGCCUUUCGUACAUGAACAUGAAAAGAUUUAGAUAAUCAAAACAUAACAAAACUAGUCAUAAACAUUAAAUAAAACACAUCCAUAAUUGAACAAUUCCCAAACAAAUCAUUGUAAGAUCUAAAGAUAAAGAUACAAAAAUUGAAAAUCAAUAACAGCAGCAACAACAAAAACCCACCUAAAAACUCUACCUAAUUUUUAAGGGUAGUUUAUCUGGUUAAAAUAAGGUAGCCGAUGACACAGAGGCUGCAGACUUAAUUUUUUUUUAAAUAGAUGUAGAGAAGGGCAAACAACUUGUAUGAUGGUAUUGGAGUAUGUGAUAAAUUUCUGCCACAUCAUGGCAAAUGCACCUUGGAUAGAGGUGCAGUAAAUGUAGGUAUGUAUUCAGGUCUCUGUGUGUGGCACUGGCUUCCUUGAGUUGGUAAGGAAAGAGAAAUCAUAGCUGAACAGCCAGGUAUGGAACAAAUGAGUGAACCGAAUCUGUCUGUGCUCCCUUCCUCAUUAAAUGCCACAUCCUCUGAAUGUUCUGUCCAAAUCAUGCGGCAAAAAAGUGUUAUAGGUGCCAACAGUAACUUAUCUCUUUGACAGGUUUUUCAAGAGUUUUGUGAAAUACAAACAUCCAGGAGCUCUAAAAGAUCAAUGCAGCCAGAUUAAGGAGGUUUACACAGCUGACUAGAGCCACACUGGCCACUGCCAAAGUAUAUACGUUUUCACAUGCUCUUAAACUUGAUCACUCAUCCAUGAACUGGCCCUUAAGGCAUUAUCAAAGGCUCCUGCUAUGAAUAGAUGUGGCACUCGCCAGCCUCAAAAGGUUAUGCUAUGAAAUGAAUACAUUCUAUCUGACCAUCACUUUUGGCCAUCCCUGCCCCUGUAUGAUGGUGAUGUUGUGGAAUCUUCAUGAACAUUCUAACUUCUCAAAGAAAAUGUGGGAGCAACCAGGGUGUUAACGUUCAGUGUUGUGUCUAUGAGGCAGGUGGAAAACUGCUGUAAAUGGUAGAAAACAUCAGCAGAGAUGGAAGGAGAUGGCAGGAAACCAUGACAAAAAUGGUCCUUAAUGGUAGUGGAAAACAGAAAAAGGGAGCACUGUCAGGAUUGAUGCAAGUCUCCACUGCAAAAUGAAUUUGGACUGUAAAAAUCUUAUAUAAAUAAGAGCACAUGUGGAUCGUCAUAAACCCUAAAAGGAAAUGGCUAAUUUGGUCAUCUUGUAUCCAGCCAUACCUCGCUGAAGCAAGUAGAACAGCAACCACAUUGAUUGGAACCAGGCUUGAUGUGAACUUGGUUAUUGAAACAGAUCAGAUGUGUGAACUUCGUUAGAGGGCUUUUCACACAAAAGCUACCCAUGAAUUCUUCAAGACUAAAUUACACUUCAACUCCUUUGCAGAGGUCUCAGGAUUAGUGGUGUAGGAAGUGGGUGGCAGUGGGGGCAGGUCGCCCCGGGUGUCAUCAUGAGGGGGUGACAGAAUGCUCAACGCGCCCGCUCCCGGCCCCAGAAAGAAAGUGACUUCGGGCAAACAACGCUGCCACGCUCCUUCUGCCACCACUGCUGGUUGCUCUGGUGGCAAAGAAGAAGUAGAGUGUGGUGGGGGUGGAGGCUGAGGGUGGGGAGAGGUCAGUGCAAGCCAGAAUCCCCAGGACACCAGCCCCCCUCCUCAGGGAGGCCACAUGACGGCCUGGCUGCACAUGCGUCGCCUUGGACUGGGAACACGCCUCCGGUUUGGGCUCAGGCAGAGGCAGGAGCAAUGUGUGCAGGAGCACGCUGUUCUAUUUCCCACACCCCUCCCCCCCGCCUUCUCCUUUCCCCCACCCAGGGAGAUUCAGGGGGGUGGCGGGCAGGCAUCAUCUCUUCUCUUGAGCAGCUCGGCUAACUGCAAAUCUCAGUGGGGAGGAAAAACAGCCCAGAAAAUGGACUUGUUCUCCUCUCAUGUGCGCUAAAGCCAACUUCCUUACAUUUGUUGCUGGUGUUUAUGCAGCGACAUCAUGCAUACCCUCCAACAUUUCUCCCAAGAAAAUAGGGAUGUCCUAUUACAUUACUAUUAUUACUACUACUACUACUACUAAUACUAAUACUACUCUGGUUGGCUUCCAAUAUGUAUAAAAAACCAUAAUGAAACAUUUAACAUUAAAAAGCUUCCCUAUACUAGGCUGCCUUCAGAUGUUUUCUAAAGGUAUGGUUACUUAUCUCCUUGGCUCGGGGCUCCCAUGACUUUCCAUGGCCUUUCUCCACUGAAAAUAGGGACGUUAUAUGGAAAAGCGGGGCAUUCCAGGAUCAAAUCAGAAAAUGGGGUGGCUUCUGUAAAUCUGGAACUGUCACUGGAAAAUAGUGACACUCGAAGGGUCUGCAUCAUGGGCACCAUGCAUUGUUUAUGGGCAUCAAGCAUUAUAGAGUAACAAGAUAAUUUUGCCCUGCCAUAAUGCGUUUGCUGUCUAUAUAGUAGUUUGAAGUAAGGGAGGCAACAGAAAAAGUAGAGGAUGUGAGUGCAAAUGGGAGUAAGCCCCAGUAACUCUGUAAAAAUCACACCAGCAAACAUGCAUAACAUGCAUAGGGCCAGACAGGCUCCUGUUUCCUGGUCCUUCCACAAAAUCCCCAUCUCAGCAGCCUUUUCCAUUCUCAUAAUCAUAGCAUGAGGAAACAUGAGCCUCUGUACAACAUUUCCUGUAUAAGCCAUUCUUUGCUUCCUUCCAGCUGGCCACUAUUGGAACCAGUAUUCUGGGCUAGCAAGACUGACGCUGCCUGAUCCAGUCAUGAGCCAGUGUGGUGUAGUGGUUAAAGUGUUGGACUAGGACCUUGUAGCUCUACUCAGGUAUGAAACCUGCUAGGUGACUUCAGGUCAGUCUCUCAGCCUAACCUACCUCACAGGGUUGUUGUGAGGAUAAAAUGUAAUUAUUGGGUUACUGUAAUAUGUAAUUGAGGGUCAGAGCCAAAAGGGGCACACUCCCAGUAUCUAGUUUCCAGUGCAGAUAAUCCACCAGGGGGACUGAAGCCAUUUCUAGUUCCAGCCAAGCUGUGGAUUUAAAAUCAAUUAUGAGCCACCUAGUAGAUUUUUCAGAUCAAAAAACAGACUAUGAAUAUACAAAAUAAAAUAUUUAAACAAUGUUUCAGACAUUGACAUGCAUAGAUUCCAGGUGUAUAUAUCUUGUAACUUAAGUCUGCCUUCUGGGAUCCUUCUGUGAACAGAAUGUGAGUAAACUAUUUUAUAUACUUUUAUACAA